ACAGCACGAGCGUCGGAUGUGGCGGACUCUCCCGUGCGCGCGUGUAACACCUUACCGGUGUAUUUCGGCUGGAACAGAUGGUCCGCGAGCUUUUUCUCUGCUGCACGAGAUAACCAUGUCGGUUGAAGAGUUGGAGAAAAAGAAGACGAUAGACUUGCGAAAGAAGUACAUUGGGCCAUCUUGUAAGAUCUUCUUCAGCCAUGACCCUAUCAAGAUUGUACAAGCCAAAGGCCAGUACAUGUAUGAUGAAAAAGGACAGCGCUACUUAGAUUGCGUCAACAAUGUGGCUCAUGUGGGCCACUGUCACCCAGAGGUGGUGAAGGCAGGAGCUGAACAAAUGGGAUUUCUCAACACCAACACCAGGUUCUUACAUGACAACUUGGUGUUGUAUGCCCAGAGGCUGCAGGCGACUCUACCAGACAAGCUCUCUGUGUGCUACUUUGUGAACUCGGGCUCUGAAGCCAACGACCUGGCCCUCCGACUUGCGUGGCACUACACAGGCAACAAGGAUAUCAUAACACUGGAAAAUGCGUACCAUGGUCACGUGUCAUCGCUAAUCGACAUUAGUCCGUAUAAGUUCCACCAGCUGUCAGAUGCUGAGCAGAAUCAGUUUGUCCACGUGGCUCCAAGCCCAGAUGUGUACAGAGGCAAAUACCGGACAGACCACCCUGAUGCAGCUACAGCGUAUGCAGAUGACGUUAAAGAUAUAACAGAUAAUGUCCAUAAAAAAGGACGUAAGAUUGCUGCUUUUAUUGCUGAGUCGCUCCAGAGUUGUGGCGGGCAGGUAAUCCCUCCAGCGGGUUACUUCCAGCAAGUGGCCGAGCAUGUCCAUAAGGCAGGAGGUGUUUUUAUCGCAGAUGAGGUUCAGGUGGGUUUUGGCCGAGUUGGCUCUCACUUCUGGGCCUUCCAGCUUCAGGGAGAUGACUUUGUGCCAGACAUCGUCACAAUGGGGAAGCCUAUUGGCAACGGCCACCCCAUGUCAUGUGUGGUCACAACCAGGGAAGUGGCCGAGGCCUUCAUGUCGUCUGGAAUGGAGUACUUCAACACAUUUGGUGGUAACCCCGUGUCGUGCGCGAUUGGACUGGCCGUCCUGGAUGUGAUUGAAAAAGAGGAUCUACAAGGAAACGCACUGCAUGUGGGCCAGUACCUCACUAACCUACUGGAAAAACAAAAGGAGAAGCAUCCCCUGAUUGGAGACAUUAGGGGCCGUGGUCUCUUUGUUGGGGUGGAGCUGGUGAAGGACAGGGAGAAGCUCACUCCAGCUACAGCAGUAGCCCAGGAAGUCAUUUAUAAGUUAAAGGAACAGCACAUCCUUUUAAGUGCUGAUGGACCUCAUCGCAAUGUACUGAAAUUCAAGCCCCCGUUGUGCUUCACCACAGAGGAUGCUGACCUGGUGGUGGAGAAGAUCGACCUCAUUCUUAAAGAGCUGGAGGAAGCAUUAGGCUUGAAGGUAAACAAUUCAUUGAAUACAGAAAAUGAAAAGAGAAGAAGAAAGCUGUCGACAGAUGAAAAGGAACACGGAGGGUUAAAUCACAGCAAUAAAGGAGUAGAACAAACCAAACAUAGGAAACGAAUGAAGACAUAAAGAUGACUGAAAAGACUUAAAGGUGUUGGGGGGGAAUGCCUCAGGAUUGUUUUUACACUAAUAAAACUGCAGCACCUUCUCAGGUGUUGGAAACGAGAAUAUCUUGAAAGUUAAAAUUAUGAUUUAUUGUUAAUACAAAACUCUCAUGUCACCAAUUGCCCUAUAAAUCCUAAAUUAAUUAAUAAUGAUGCAUGUGUGUAAAAUGUGAUGUGGUACUUUUGGCAACAAAACACCUCAUUCUUCCUUUUGAAUGUACAAAAUACUUGUAUAGAUGGGUGAAUACAGAUAUAUUGCAUCACAUAAAAUAUUUCAUAUCACAUUUGAAUUAAAAUUAUUUUUAAACCUGU